AGAGUGAAUAGCACAAGCAUUCACAUUCUUUGUUUGUGGGCAUUUCCUUUGCUUCUGUCAGUGAGUAGAGUAAACCAUCAUUCUCUUCAACCUUUCUCUGAAGAUUCAAACCAAAUUGAUAUAAAAAUCAUGGACAUUAAUGAAGAAGCCCUGUCCAAGGUUUUCAAGUUUGCAGAUGUAGAAGAAACAGGAUUUGUAGAUGUUGCAACUAUUUCUACCUUGGCUGUACAGCUACUUGGCGCUCAGUUGAGUGACAAUGAAAAAGAUACUAUCACUAGCAAAGCUGAAAGCAAAGCGGAAAAAGGGUUGUUGUCAUACCAGAAUUUUAUAGAUAUCAUGAUGGAAACCAUGCAGGCAAUGACACACUGGGGGAAACUCAAAACACCCCUGGAUGGGUAUGUGGGUUUUGAUACAGUACAAGAACAAAUUAGGAAGAAGUCACUCAAACGAGGAUUUGAAUUUAACUUGAUGGUUGUUGGUGCCUCAGGGUUAGGAAAGUCUACCAUGGUAAACACACUGUUCAAGAGCAAGCUCAGCCGUCCAUCCGCAACAGGGAUACCAACUACCAUCCCUAAGACAGUUGAUGUCAAGUCUGUCAGUCAUGUUAUUGAAGAGAAAGGUGUUAGGCUGAAGUUGACCUUGACUGAUACGCCUGGGUUUGGAGAUCAAAUCAAUAAUGACAAAUGCUGGGACCCCAUAUUAGAAUACAUAAAUGACCAAUACGACAAAUACUUAGAAGAAGAAACAAGCAUCAGCCGCAAGUCCCGCAUACCUGACACAAGAGUCCACUGCUGCCUGUACUUCAUUGCACCAACUGGACACAGGUUACGACCAAUAGAUGUGGAAUUCAUGAAGAGAUUAGACAAGUGUGUCAACAUUGUACCAGUAAUAGCUAAGGCAGAUAACUUAACUCUAGAAGAAAGAGAGGCAUUCAGAAGAAGAAUACGUGAUGAUAUUGAAGCCAACAAGAUAAACAUCUACCCCAUGGUGAAACGAGAUGACUUGGAUGAAGAAGAACUUAGAGUUAACUCUAGGAUAAGGGAUCAGUUACCAUUUGCUGUGGUUGGAAGUGAUCGUUUUGUAACUGUAUCUGGCAAAUCAGUGCUUGGAAGGAAGACUAAAUGGGGUCUCAUAGAGGUUGAAAACAAAAAUCAUUGUGAGUUCUCACAGCUGAGGGAUAUGCUUAUUAGGACACAUAUGCAAGACUUGAAAGAAGUCACCAAUUCUAUCCACUAUGAAAGUUUCCGAAAAAUCCAACUGACUGAGCAGCAGAAGAACAGAAUUGACAUCAGUAAUAUUGACGACACACAAGAGAGCAAGAUCUGAAGAUAUGAAUAUUAAUUAUGAGGGGAAAAAAUACCCAACCGUUAAAGCUAAUCAAGAGUAGAUCUUAAGGUGCCACUGCAGAAAGGCAGUACAAGGUCAAUACAUCUGUUCACACUCUUUGAAAUUUGGUACACAUCUUAUACACCUAAUCGAAAUAUUGUGACCAAUUUGAAUAACUAUAGAGGUUUUGCGCAUAAUACAGCUUGGACUGCUUGUGGUUAGAUGGCAGAACAAUAAAAUCCCUUUGCUCUCGGGAAUUGAGUUCUUUCUUAUGUAAAACGAUUGUA